CUUCCUCUUCUAGCUGCACAAGUCCACAGUUAUCAGCAGGAUUGCUGGGCAAUAAGGUCAAUGGAAUUGAAAUUCAUGUAAGAACAGCAGUCCAUGGGCCAGAUUGCUAAAGGUAUUUAGAUGCCUAAAGACACAGAGAAAUCUUCCAUCCAGUCCCAAAUGAUUGCUCAGACACACUCAAGAUGCAGAGCAACGGAUCUUCAGAAAACUGUGUUGAUCCUAAUAUAACAUUUAAAAACUCUCUAUACGCAACCACUUACACCAUAAUAUUCAUUCCUGGUCUUCUGGCAAACAGUGCUGCAUUAUGGGUUUUAUGUCGCUUCAUCAGCAAGAAGAACAAAGCUGUCAUUUUUAUGAUUAAUUUGGCUGCAGCCGAUCUUGCUCAUGUUCUGUCGUUACCGCUACGAAUAUAUUAUUAUAUAAACCACACGUGGCCUUUUGGGAGAUUCCUCUGCUUGUUAUGUUUCUACCUGAAGUAUCUCAACAUGUACGCAAGCAUUUGUUUCCUUACCUGCAUAAGUAUUCAAAGGUACUACUUCCUCCUCCAUCCAUUCAAAGCCAAAGACUGGAAGCGCAGGUAUGACGUCACCAUUAGUGCUGUGGUAUGGAUUGUGGUUGGGGCUGCUUGCUCACCAUUUCCCAUUAUGAGAAACUCUGACUUAACCAACAAUUCAAAUUUCUGCUUUGCAGAUCUUGGAGUCAGGAAAAUUGACAGUAAGACAGCUUCUGUGAUUAUGGUAACGAUAGCUGAGCUUUUAGGAUUUGUGGGCCCUCUAAUUAUUAUUGUAUACUGUACCUGGAAAACAAAAGAGUCGCUUCAGAAAUACGAAAUGCCUUUGCAAAAUACCAGUGAAAAACGGAGAGCUUUACGCAUGGUUUCUAUGUGUGCAGCUGUGUUCUUUGUGUGUUUCACACCGUAUCACAUAAACUUCUUCUUCUACAUGAUGGUGAAAGAGAAUGUUAUUACACACUGCGCCAUACGCCGAAGCACUCUUUACUCUCAGCCCUUUUGCUUAAGCCUGGCAAGCCUGGACUGUUGUUUGGAUCCAAUCCUGUACUUCUUUACAACAGCAGAAUUUCAGGAUCAGUUAUCAAGACACAGCAGCGCAAUCAUCAGGAGUCGCCUGAUGAGCAAGGAGAGCGCCUCGUCGAUUAAGGAAUAAAAACCAUGAGCAUUUUUUUUAACCUUAUUACAUAUGAAAUCUUGGACUGCUCUAUAACUCUGUAGUCAAAUAGGUAGAAUAGAAACACCUGCAGCUUUAUUUGAUGGGGUUUGUGAUGCUGAAAGCCUUUUGAAAUAUAGAAAACAAUGUUCAUUUAAAAUCAGCAGUCAAAUGGUAUAGGUGUUUGAGACUGGAGAACCCCUGACUGGAGUGAACUGGUGGAGUGCCUCACCUGAUCUACCUGAACUAGAAAAUACUGUAGGGAACAGUGCUGCCUUUGCAGGGAGAUGGCCUGAAUGGCCUGGUAGCUCUUUCCUAACUUGUGUGGUUCUAUGAUCAAGCCAAAGACACUCCAAACACCGAGGCCCAAUGUGACCUCCUCUCAGCAACUGCUCUUCUGCAACAGAAAUACAGCGCAACAGGGGAAAUAAUUAACAAACAAAACCAAGCACAGAGACACAAAGUGGAGCCUCCUCAGAGUUUGCAGCUUGAUUCAAUAUGGCAACCACAUUUCCAUAGGUACACAGUUGCCCUUUCUACACUGUGGUGUCGCUAGUGAAAAUCCUGUACUGCUAGGGCCUGCUGUUGGCACUAAGCAUAUUGUGUUAUUCACAACACAUUUCUAUCUCUAUUUCACAUUUUCUUUCCAUCUUUUCUUGUUCUCUCCUUCCAUUUCUUUAUAUCCUUCUCUUCCUCCAUCUCAAACAUUUUCUCCUUAGUCACACGUAGGUGUCUGGAUAUCCUCCUCCCACCUCCCGCCCCUGCCUGCCCUCAGCAGCCUGUGCUACAACAGAGGUCAGGACUCGGUGACUAAGUUUUUCAGCUGACCUCCACAAACAGUGCGGCCUGUACAUCAAAGAGUGGGCUCUUCACCUGCUGCCAGCUGCCUCCUCCUCAGCUGCGCACUGUCAAAGUGUGCUAUAUGGUGCAGGACCGUCACAUCAGGACUGCAGGCCCCAUCGUUCCUUGCUGCACAUGGCCCUCUUCCGUUAAGCGCUUUGCAGUUCAUCCAUGCAGUAAAAGGAUUGAUUUAGUAAAUUCAACUAACAAAUAAAUUAGCAGAAAGAGUGAUCUACCCACAAUCGUUCCACUAGUUGAAAAAAAAAGAAGAGAGAGGCCUAAUUAAUUGAGUAAAUUAUUAAUAAUUCCCUCCGCUCUAAUGGUGACCUCAAUUUGUGUACCCCCAUAAAUACAUUAGCUAUUAAAACAUUCAAGCAAACUGCAAAGUAUUAUUUCACAGAACGCAGAAAUUAGCACACUAAAAAUGAGUCAAAUUCAUCCUAGAGUAACUCCACUGAUUUCAGUGGUCUUAUACCUGGGAUUGAUUUGGUCAGAUGUGUGUGUACUAAUUUAUCCACUUUGAAUGAAUUUUAAGACAAAAAUUGUCAUUAAGUAGCAGCAACAGCAUCUACAUCUUGCAAAAGUAAGCCUUAUGUGUAGCUAUAAAACGCAAACAAAAGUAGCUGAAACACUUAAGUGUAACUACCUGAAUUUCAUGUUAUUACUUUUUGGCCCAGCCAAAAAUGCCUUUCCAUUUAGUGUCUCCCAGGUUUAAGGGGGCUGGGGGUGGGAAUAUCGCUUGGGUUUAAAUAAUGAUUACAUUGGGUAUUAUCUUUAAUGGCAAAUGAUUACAUUAUAUUGACAAUAAGCUAGGUAGCUCAACUACCAUUUUUUAAAGCUAAAUGUUAUAGUUUAUAUACAUGCAGCUGUUUUUAAAGGGAUAUUUCAGUGUUCACAAGUGUAACAAGGGAAUAUAUUUUAAUUAAAGGAAUUAGUCCUAGCUUCUUUAGCUUCUUAGUGACAAAGUUGUUCAAUAAGUAACCACUGCAAUGCCUACUGAAAUCAGGGGAAAGACUCCCAUUGCCUUAACUAGACA